AUGCUUGGUGAUCCAUCCCGAGAAAUGGACUUUAUCUCAGCCACGCUUGACCAAGACUCGAAAAAUUAUCAUACAUGGGCCUAUCGUCAGUGGGUGCUCGCCCAUUUUGGCGGUCUUGGACCGCGCGACGUGAAAGUCGAGGCAGCUGGUGCCGGACAAUAUCCACAGCUGUGGGAAGCUGACAUUAAUUACGCUGAUUCCAUGAUACAAAAAGAUGUUCGAAAUAACAGUGCAUUCAACCAUCGAUGGUUUUGCAUAUUUGGGCGUGCGAUGCAAGGGAGAAGCGAACUCCCACCUGACAUGGAACCGAAACGUGAUGAUGAAAUCAAGUAA